UAAUUACCUGUUUUGCUGAGGAAGAUGGGGGCGUGUCUCCACUUGCUCUAUUAUUCUUCUAUGCAGACUGAUAAUAAUAAGUAGAUCUAGCUGAACUAGAGGACUGUGUGUUCAAUGGCAGACUCAAGCAUAAUAAGACAGGGAUUUUUGGUCAAAAAGGGUCACGUUCGUCACAAUUGGAGGACACGAUGGUUCACUCUCAACAAACAGGAGCUACGAUAUUACCGGAACAGAGAGGACAGGACUCCAGCCGGAGCCAUCAACCUAGCCAGGGCUACACUCACCUGCCUAACAAUGGACGACUACAAGAAACCAUGGGUUAUUCAGAUACGACUGGAGAAUGGUCACGAGUAUUUGAUCCAAGCUCCAGAUCUGACGGUGAGGGACGAGUGGAAAACGGCCAUUGAAGAUGUGGUGAGGAGCUUGGAGCGUUUAGAGUUCUCUCCUGAUCGAAGUACGAUGAAAUUGAUUGGAGGGGACUCCUUAGCAACCACCACCACUAAAAGGGACAUUGUUCACGCAAUGCAAGACCGAUCAGGUGGUGUGAGACUGCUAGAGUUCAAAUGCAAAGGAGAGAGACAAAAUAUCAAGUACUUCAGUGGAAGUGCAAUACUGGAUUGGUUGAUUUCCUGGUCCUUUUGUUCGUCUCGUCGUGAUGCCUUGAAGUUCGUGUCCUCCCUUUUAAGACAGAGUUAUUUUCACCCUGUAAGAAUAGACUUUAAUAAAGGGCAAUGCAUCAAUCUGAAAGAUAACAAAGCUUACAAUAAGGAAGUGGCAGACACAGACGAUGCUUACUACAUCUUUGUUUGUUUUGCUCCCGGUGAAGAGAACGAUGUAUUUGGUAACAGUGACGGCGAGAGUGACUCUGAGUCAGAUGAUGAUAUCCUCUCAUCUAGAAUGCCAACAGUACAUGUAAAUACUAAUCCCGGUGAUCCCAAAGUAUUAAAGCAAGGAUUCUUGAGAAAGAAGGGCCACCUUCGACACAACUGGAGACCAAGAUUAUUCGUUCUUCGAGAGAAGCAAGAACACAUUUUUUACUACAGAGGCUCAAAACAAAUGUCCAAGCCGCUGGGUACUAUUCCAUUGAGAGGCCUCAGCGUAUUAGCUCUAGACAAUGAGGGUGAUGCUGAGCCACGCCUCCUUUCACUGACAUCACCUCCUGCGACCAAUGGCAGCUCUGAGGCAAUAACUACUCCAAGAAGCAAGCGAUCAUCAAAAUUGUUGAAAUUGAAAGUGAAUCGUAUUCUCCUCACCACGACAACUGGAGGGAGAAUCAUGUUAGAAGCUGCUACGUCAGAUGACAGAGACAGUUGGGUGGCAGAGAUUAACAUAGCUAGCAAAAUGAUUAGUCGCUGACUUUUAUCUCUAGCUGAAACUGACAUUCUUUUGAUCACUUUUUAUACCAUAAUAAUUAUACCUCAGAAAAACACAAUAUUUAAUUAAGAA